GGACACUCCCUUAAGCCCCUCAUUCGAACUCCCAAGGAUAAGGGAGAAGGAGAGAGCCACACAACCAAGAAAGCAAGAGAAAGGGGAAGCUGCCGCAGGUUCGUUUUCCAGUGCGUAAGGUUACUUGUUUGCUUCAUAUCUCGAGUUAUACACAUCCAAAUAAGGCGUGCGAGAUACCCACAGAAAGCUCUCAAGACGAGGAAUCCGUGAAGGUCUGGUUUGCAUCAAUCGGAGUAGUGUAAGGCUUCCAAAUCGUCCGAGCAAAACACAACCUCGCGGAAUACGUUUUUGUACUCAAGGUUAGGGAACGAUUUCGUCGGGAACACCCGUUCUAGGGACUGUUUUUGUGUCCUCGGUUAGGAGUUGAACUAGCACUUUGGAGAGGCUGUUUAACACUCAAUUCCAAGCAAGGAAUCAGUUCUCAAUCUUCCUUGGCCAAAGCUUUGACCAUGGGAUCAAGAAAGAAAGGUUUGAAGCUCAAUUAAGUUUCAGGUAGGACUUGAAGGUUGCUACCACGCCCGUUGCUUCGGGAAGAUCAAAGGAGGAGGACGUGGUUCGUGCUUCUUCCGUUUCUGUUUUAAACAAUUACAAUAAUGCUCAUGGAAAUUAUUUUGAAUACUAUUUGGGGGCUUGUAUGCCCAUGUUUGCCACGUGUGGCUUGAAUACGUGUAUUAAUGUUUCCGCUGCUUUAAAUGAAUAUUUUACAUUAUGUUUGUUUAUGGAUGUACUAUGUGUGAAUGGUAUUCAAGACGCCUAGUAUAGUAUGUAUGAGUUGGACUGCGGUUGACUAUUCGUACUGUACGGCGGGUUGUUGACGUGUCCGGUAGGUCCGGGGCGUGACAAUUUAAUGAGCAUGAGAACCGGUCCACUAGAAUAUGACAACAACUCUACACUCAUACCCUCCGCAAAUGCCACUCAAGCUACUGAUCGUUCUGCCCCUUUCCUCGAUCGUCAUCCUCCCUACGGCGAAAAUCACAGAUCGUUCCAUCCAUGUCGAGGACGUGGUGGUUCACAUGGGACUGGUCAGUUUUCUUCUAACUCUAGUGUUUGCAGGUUCGGUGAUAACCCAGGUCAUACAGUCUAGGAUUGUCGCAAGCUACAACGCUUCCUGCGUGAUAAUAGAGAUCAAAGCCUCAUCCGCAGUCUCCUGUGUGCAAAUCAUAUUACCACCUCAACUCACAACAUUGGUCAGCCGUGGUUGUUUGACAGUGGUUCGUCUUGGCGAUGGUAUGUCCCUGACUAUCACUCACACUGGUACUACCUCUAUACCUACCCAAGCCCGCUCUCUUGCCUUAUCUAAUAUCUUGCGUGUUCCCCAUUUACACAAAAAUCGUGUGCCAGUUGCUAAACUUUGCAAUACUAAUAACGUUUCUGUUGAAUUUUCUUCUUCUCAUUUUCUUGUCAAGGAUCGAGUCACAGGGGCGUCACUAGUGCGAGUGGAGAACAUUCAUGAUGUGUACUAUGUUCCCAACUAUCACCCGCCGCAAUUACAUGCCACUCAACUUUUUGUUUCACCUAAUUGGUAUCAUAUACUUGGGCAUCCUUCUGGUCGGAUUCUUAGUUGCUAGAUUGUAAAAGUAAAAGUUUACCCUCAUGUACUUUGUCGCAUGAUUUUCAUUGUCAGUCUUGUUUCACUAAUAAUUAAAAGUACCAAGUUGCCAUUUUUUCAUAAUUCUAUGAAUGCCA